AUGUCGGCAGAGUCAGCCACCGGGCAAACCGGGGCGGUGAGCACUGAAACCGGGGCGGUGAGCACUGACGCUUCGUACUCCGAGUCCAACUCCGGCAGAGGCACGCCCAACAAGGCGGACUCCAGCCUGCAGUGCGGCGCGGGCGGGGAGGCAAAGCAGAACGGAGAGAACGCCCAAAUCGACGCAGCACCGCUGCCGAGCCUGCCAAAGGGCCUCUCGCUCGACUCUGCCUGCUUUGCGCUCGGCUCUGGCAACCAGGGCAACGUGCUUCGCGUGCGCUACGUCUCGCGGCUCGACGGCCAGACCGGCUCCACCCGUGCGGACGUGCUGCCGUGGCCUCGUGAGACGUGGGUCACUCUCGCCGCGGCGCGGGCGACGCGGCCGGAGGACAAGGGAGCCUCCUCCACCCCCGCCAAGCGCGACCGCGGCGCGACAGAGUACCUCGUCCGGUGGUCUGGCUUCGGCGCGGGCGACGACACGUGGGAGGCGGCAUCCAACAUCCUCGACGCGCGCCUCAUCGCGGCCUUCGAGCGCUCGCGCGCCGGCCAGUGCCUCGCGCAGAGAGACAUGUGCAUGUGCAUGUGCAUGUGCAUGUGCAUGUGCCUCGCGCAGAGAGACACGAGCCUCGCGCGGAGAGACACGGCGUGCCGCGAGACAGCUGCGCUCCUCACCGCCGCCGCGCACGGACCGUCCAACGCCUUCGCCUACGUCGCUCCCGCCUUCGACGAGCUCGGCCUCUUUGCGCGCGCGCCGCUGCGUCCGGGGCAGCUAAUCGCCGAGUACGGCGGCCCGCGGCUGCCCGUGCAGUCCUUUUUGCGAAACACCGCGAGGGCGCUCGUCAUCCCGGCGGCGGGCGCGCGGCAGCGGGACACGUCCAAGACGCGCAUCCGCGACACAUGUGCCAACGAGCCGACCUUCAUCGACGGCCUGUGGGAGAAUUGCCCCUUCCGCGGCUCGGCCCUCUUCCCCGCGGCGUGGCCAGCGAGCGAGCCAGGCGCGAACGACCUGCCGGACCGGAUGUGGCUCAUCGCCUCCGAGGAGAUCGCGGCCGGCGGCGAGAUCCGGGUGGACCUGAAGACGUUCGACGGGGGGCGCCGCGGCACCAAGCGGAGCGAGCCGGCGUGGCGGAAGCUGCGGCUGCGGCCUCCGCCUCCGGGCGGCGAGGAGCCGACGUUUGGCCGACCGGCGGCCAAGCUUCGCCGGCUGUGCGACGGGGCCUCCUCCACAGUGUCGGGCGAGGCGGAGGACGAGGACGGCUUCGAGUCGGACUCGGAGCAGUACGUGCGGGCCGUGCCGUCCCCGCUGCCGUGGGAGGGGCCUGCCGGCGGCGACGCGCGGCUGCGGCGGCUCGUCGGCCCCAGCCUGAGCGACCACGCGUUUGGCCUCGUCGCGACCCAUCUGCCCGGCCGCACCGGAGCAGAGUGCGCAUCGCGCUGGGCGCUGCUGCGCGGCGCGCCCGCUGCCAGGAGCAAAAGCGCUAAGUGA